CAAAUUUGUGUCUUUUUCUUUACUCACGUUCCACAAAAUUUGUAAUUUUUGCCAUUGUAAUUUCUUCCUAUCGUUCGAUCGAUUCGGAUCAAUUACAUACAUAGCAAGUUAAAGGGGUGUCGUUGAUUACAAAACUGGCAUCAUAAUGAAGCGAAACUGCUACUUGGAUCUUCGUUUUCGCCCUUCAUCUGCUUCAUCACCCCAUGAUUCAAUUAAAAACAAACGCAGUUUAUUUCUUGCAUUUGUCGUUAGCAUGAGCAAAAAAGUUGUUGCCAUUCCGCAAAGUAGACGCCACAUGCUUGAUGUCACAGAACUUCAGGCAAGAGUGAUACUAUGGUUGGCAAGUCAAGAAAGGGAAGGUAACACAGGACCAGCUUCGGCCACGUCGCUUUCAUUGCAAUCUCAAGCAUUAUUAAUGCAUGCCCCGCAAGGUUCUUCAGUAAAGAGAUCCCUAAGGAAUUUCCUUCAGAAGAGAAAGAAAAGGUUUCAAAAGUCACACCCCCAUUGCUUCUCGCAAUAGCACAUCACAACUUAUUCAAAUCAAAAGAGUAAACAUUAAAUUAUUUUCGCAUCAAUCUUUAUUACAAUUCAUUUUACUUACACCCCUAAAAAGAAUGUAUUCUCGUCUUUCUCUUGUC